CGCUUGCAAGGCUGACCCUGUAAUAGCAACUCGGAUCGCUUGACGGCUGUCGCUGACUGACCGCGUUGCCUCCUAAACGGGGGUUGUUACUGUGUAUGUUCUUACUCCUUCUGUUUGAAAGAGUUUCUUAAAUCUGGACAACAGGAUUAUCUACCAUCUGAAAUGCUUCCCUUGUCCCCCCUUCUGCUCCUCGUGUUCCCCGCUGCGGUCUUUGUGGUCGCGCAAGGCGCUGGGGACCUCCAGGGCUUCACCUUCCCCGGAGGGAGCGCAGGAUUCGACCCAACAGAUCCCUGCAUGGUGGUAUAUCCACCAUGUAUGAGCGAGGCGGAUCGCUACAGCCUGGAAGCCCUUCGGAGCAUCCAUCAGAUGAUGGACGAUGAUCAAGACGGAGGGAUUGAGGUGGAGGAGAGUGUGGAGUUCAUAAUCGAGGACAUGAAGCAGCAGCAGACCAACAAACACAGCCACCUGCACAGAGAAGACCAACACAUCACAAUCGAGGAGCUAUGGAGGGGUUGGAAGUCGUCUGAAGUACAUAAUUGGACUCAAGAUGAUGUGGUUCGCUGGCUGAAGGAUUUUGUUGAGUUGCCCCAGUAUGAAAGGAACUUUAAAGACUUUAAGGUCAAUGGAAAUACACUCCCCAGGAUUGCAGCCAAUGAGCCAGCAUUUCUGAGUGGCCAUUUGAGGGUUCAGGACCAGAGAGACAAACAGAAGCUCAACAUCAAAGCUCUGGAUGUUGUUUUGUUUGGACCUCCUACACGUCCCCCUCAUAACUAUAUGAAGGACCUGUUGCUCAUUGUAUCGGUGGUGAUGGGAGUUGGAGGCUGCUGGUUUGCUGGGACCCAGAACAAAGCUAGUAAAUGCCACAUAGCCAGGAUGAUCAAAGAUUUGGAAAGUCUUCAGAGGGCUGAACAGAGCCUCCUAGAUAUGCAGGAACAACUGGAGAGAGCACAGGAAGAAAAACGUAAUGUGGCUGAGCAAAAACAGAACCUGGAGGAGAAGAUGAGGGAUGAGAUCAUGGGGGCGCAUGAGGAGGCUUACCGACUGCACGAGCUGAGGCAGGGAGCUGUCAGUGAACUCAGCCGCCUGAGAUGGGCAGAGGAAGAGCUGGUGCAGGUCCGUGGAGCACUAAAGCAGGCAGAGAAGGACAUGCAGGCUAGCUCAAAUGCCUCAGAGACCCUCCAGCUGUGGUUGCAGCUGACACAUGAGGUAGAAGUCCAAUACUACAAUGUCAAGAGGCACAGAGCAGAAUUACAGCUUGCAAUCGCCAAGGAAGAGGCGGAGAGGAUUAAGAAGAAGAGGAGUUCUGUGUUCGGGACUCUCCAGGUCGCCCACAGCUCCUCUCUAGACCAAGUUGACCAGAAGAUCCUGGAGGCAAAGAAUGCCUUGUGUGAAGUAACAGCCUGCUUACGGGAGCGCCUCCAUCGAUGGCAGUAUAUUGAGCGCGUCUGUGGCUUUCCAAUAAUUAGGAAUCCUGGCAUAGCAAACCUCAGUGCUCAGCUCUACUCAGACUCAAUUGCCCUGGGGUUUCCCAGAGUGCCCCAACCAUCAUGGUCAUGCCACAGCUCCGUCCAUGGAUCUAUGGAGGAUCUGUUAACAGCGCCUCCUUCUCCAGCCGUACAACAUGUUCCAAUGUCACCACUGAAGGCCUCUCCUCGAACACGGGGAUCCACCAUAUGUCGGUCACGUCGUUCGGGCGUCACUCAUCCACCGGCUGCGAUGAUCUCACCGGACCCCGACCUUCUUAUCCCUAUCAGAGCCCCAUACCCCGGCGAGGAAGGGACGCUCUUCCGGAAAACUCUAAAGAAACAAGACUCCCAAGAGAUGUACUACGACACAGAUUAUAUAAUCUCCCCACCUCUCGGCAAAAUGUUCCCUAGCCCUUCUGUUGACACUUGCUCUCAAAAGCUCUAUCUAGAUGAUAUUGAGUUCCAUGCUGACAGCUCCGUUGCAAAGCCCUUGAGUAAAGAGGCAGACGCUGUUGUUGAAAGUCCAGUUCGCAAAACUACUGUAGAAGAACUUGAAGCUUCCAUAGAUGUUUCCUGCAGAAUGUCGGCAAAAGAAGAAAAGUUGAACAGUUCUUUAGAAACCCUUUCUUUGAAAAUGUCCAAAGAAGAGUCUUUAAUAGAGAGUACAUCCAGGAAAAAAUCCAGGGACAGGAGUGAAGUUCCCAUGGAUGUUUCAGUUAGAAAGGUGCUUUGCGAUGAGUUGGAUGCAGAAUUCCCAGUCAGGAAAGUAGAGAGAGAUACAAUUAAGGAUUUGAUUGACACUGCUUCAAGGAAUGUAUACAGAGAAGUUAGUGAUUUACCUCUGGAUGUGAGAAAGAUUAUUUGGAAUGAAAUAGAUGCAACAACAGAGAAGCCUAGACCUAGAAAGUUAUCAAGAGAUAUGAUGGGGGCUUCAAUGGACAGUGCAUCAAGAAAGAUGACACAGGAUGAUGUUGAGUUUGACUCAUUGUCCAGAAGGCUUACAAGAGAUACAAUGGGAAUGUCCCUCGACACAGGUUCUAAAAAGCUUCCAUGGAAUAAAGAAGACUGCCAGCUUGAUACCUCUAUGAGGGCAUUAGCAAUGGAGAACAUGAUCGAAGCCACUAGAAUACCAUCAAGAAGGAUAUCUAGAGAUGAGCUGGAGUAUUGCACAGAUACUGCUUCCUUAAAAAUGCUACCCAGAGAGAGAUUUGAAACCCUUAUCGAUACCUCAUCCUCUACAGAGAAGCAAGAGUUUGAUUUUGGGUUGUCAACAAGUAAAAGGAUACUAAGAGAUGAACUUGAUGUGUCUGCUGGUUCUCUCAGAAGAAGAAUACCAAGAAUGCAAAGAGAUGAUAUUGACACAGUUGAUGUACAAAUGUAUAUACCUAAACAUUCAAUACUGAGGGAGGAGUUGGGAGCAUCAGGAUCAAGUUCAUCUCCUGGUAGAAUUGGACAGCCGGACCUUAUGGCAGCCUCCCAGGUACCAUGGAAGUCGUCAUCAGAAGUUUUGACUGGCCCUUUGAGCCAGCUUGUGUAUGAUGGAAUCCUUGAGAAGUCCUGCCACUCCGUGGCUAAAAGCCCGACCAGCCUCUCUGCUUCAACAGAUGUGGAGCCACCACUGUCUCCACCAUCUCCUUCAUUGCACUCUGAGACUGGAGAUGAGAAGAACAAGCAUAAGGAAAAGAGCAAGAAAUCUAUGAGGUUAAAAAAUCUUUUUAAAAAGAAAGAGUCAACAACAGAGAAGCCUCAAAGUGGUCUUCAAAAACUCUGAUAAUCAGUGUUUUUAUUUUUUUAUUGAAUUUGAAAAUGAGUUUCAUAACCUCAUUGAUAAUAUCUGGCAUGGAGAGCUGAAGUUGUUUUAUUUUAUUUAUUAUAUAUAAGUCUUAGGUAGAAAUAUGGUUGAUACCAGUCAUACAAUUUGUUUUGUAAAGCACUUUGAAUUGUCGCGUACAGAAAAGUGCUAUAUAAAUAAACUUGCCUUGCCUUACCUUACCAUAUAGUAUUUUGG